AUGCGCGAAAUCGUUCACAUUCAGACCGGCCAGUGUGGUAACCAGAUCGGUGCCAAAUUCUGGGAGGUUGUCUCAGACGAGCAUGGAAUCGACCGCGAUGGCGAAUACAAGGGCACCCUUGACCUUCAACUUGAGAGAAUUUCCGUGUACUAUACUGAGACUGGCACGAACAAAUAUGUCCCACGUGCCGUCCUCGUAGAUCUUGAACCAGGCACUAUGGACUCGAUUCGAAGUGGUCCUCUCGGAAACCUUUUCCGCCCGGACAACUUUGUCUUUGGUCAGAAUGGUGCAGGAAACAACUGGGCGAAAGGACACUACACUGAGGGUGCCGAACUUGUCGACCAAGUCCUGGAUGUUGUGAGGAAGGAGGCUGAAGGCACUGACUGCCUCCAGGGCUUCCAAAUCACACAUUCGCUUGGCGGUGGUACCGGUUCUGGUAUGGGUACACUUUUGAUCUCAAAGAUCCGUGAGGAAUAUCCGGAUCGGAUGAUGUGCACUUACUCCGUCGUACCAAGCCCGAAGGUGUCAGAUACCGUCGUCGAGCCCUACAAUGCGACUCUCUCCGUACACCAACUUGUCGAAAAUUCUGAUGAGACGUUCUGUAUCGACAACGAGGCGCUUUACGACAUCUGCUUCCGCACCUUGAAGUUAUCAACGCCGUCGCACAGCGACUUAAACUCCCUUAUUUCGGUGGUAAUGAGUGGUGUUACGACCAGUCUCCGCUUCCCCGGCCAGCUCAAUUCAGAUAUGAGAAAGCUGGCUGUUAACAUGGUUCCAUUCCCGCGUCUACACUUCUUCAUGGUUGGUUUCGCGCCUCUGACCGCCCGAGGGAGCCAGUCAUACCGUGCUGUUUCUGUUCCCGAGCUCACGCAGCAGAUGUUUGAUUCGAAGAACAUGAUGGCAGCAUCAGACCCUCGUCACGGUCGCUACCUGACGGUCGCUGCUAUGUUCCGUGGCAAGGUCUCCAUGAAAGAAGUCGAGGAACAAAUGCAGAAUGUGCAGAACAAAAACGCCGCAUACUUUGUGGAAUGGAUCCCACACAACGUGCUUACGUCGCAAUGUGACAUCGCUCCAAAAGGCACGAAGAUGGCCGUUACUUUCAUCGGUAACUCGACAGCUAUCCAGGAGCUCUUCAAGCGUGUUAGCGACCAGUUCGUUGCUAUGUUUAAGCGCAAAGCUUUCUUGCAUUGGUACACACAAGAGGGUAUGGAUGAGAUGGAGUUCACUGAAGCAGAGUCUAACAUGCACGAUCUCAUCGCUGAGUAUCAACAAUACCAGGACGCCACUGCUGAGGAAGAGGGCGAGUACGAGGAGGAAGUUCCAGUUGAAGAAGAGGAGGAGCAGUAA